AGAAUUUCCCAAUUUUUUUGUAUUAGUAUUAGUGUCAAGCCCAAGUCGAAAAUAGAAACCCAAUAGUCUGUAGAGAUUAGUGUCGAUCCAACGUAUCAACAAGGAACGCAGCAGCAGACUAGCAGUCACAGCCUCACAGGCUCAGCAAUUCGCAACUCUUCGGGAGAAUUAAUUGGGUGUCGUGCCAGGACUCUGCUUUUCCAAGGUGAGUAUGAUACCCCGUAGUAUUCAUCAUAAGUCCUUACUUUUAACUAUUCAUAAAUGGUAAUGCAUCAGACACUUUUCUCUUCAGUUCUUCUCAAUCGCUAUUCGAUAGUCUACUUUGAGGCUAGGCGUUCUUCAUAGCUCACCUAACCGUACUUUCAAGUCCCAAUUUCAGAUUUCAGUUUUAGGUUAAUGAGGCUCCAUCGAAUUGAAGGAUGAGUGUUGUGAUCGGUUUCAUAUUUGUGCAAUUCAUAAUUAAGAAUUAGGCUGCAGAUUCUGAAUCAAUUAAACCCGUCUGUGGAAUCAAAGGCAGAAUCCCAGUCCGCUAGUAUUCAUUUCUCUAGUGCUAGGGUUGUUUCUUUAUCCAUUCAGCUUUCUACUCCGUAUUUAUUUAUCCUUAGAUAUUGGGAGAUAUUGGGAGCAAUGCUUCAUUUUAAUUUUUCAAUUUUUCUGCUAAAACACACUCCAUACUUAUUUACUGCUAAAGAUACCAACACCUAAUGCUCUUUAUUUAAAUUUUUUGUAUGUCUUUUGAAGAUGUCAUUUUUUUAUGUUUUAUUUUUUGGGGCCUCUAAGUUAAUCUUGAACAGGCCUUUGAAAUUUCAAGGCCGGUUCUGUGUACAUCACUGCACCUUUGACUCAGCAAGACAGAGACCAGCCUCCACCAACGACGACGCUGCUGGCCGCCUACUGCCUACCGGCUACCUUGCUCUCCCGGCUGCCCAAACCCGUCAGUCCACCAAACGCCCAGCCUGAUUGCUGGUCAGCCACCGCCGCCCACCCGCUUGCUGCAUUGUCGCACCUACACGUCUUAUAAAUCCCCCAAUAUCCGUCACUAUUCAUCAAGUCCAGUCGGAAAUGGAUCUCUUUGCCAAAAAGCUCGGCCUCUCUGAGAACAAGAUGCUCAUCCGUAAAGCUGCCGAGCUCCGACGUCAGGCCGAUAUCCAAUUCGAUUCAUCCGUUAUCGGCGUUGGUGAAGUAUGCAAAGCGAUCAUCUGCCUUGAAAUCGCCGCUUCUGGGAUGGGUGUGAUAUUUGAUCGUCAGGCUGCAAUCAAAUUGAGUGGAAUGACAGAAAAGGCUUACAAUAGAUCAUUCAAUUCAUUGCAGAAUGGCAUUGGAGUCAAGAGUAAGCUUGAUAUUCGUGAAUUGGCUAUUCAGUUUGGGUGCAUUAGGUUGAUACCUAUUGUCCAGAAGGGUCUAGCACUAUACAAAGACCGAUUUGUUACUUCACUGCCGCCUUCGCGUAGGCUAAGUGCAGAUUUCUCUAGGCCUGUCUUUACUGCUGUAGCAUUUUAUUUGAGUGCCAAAAAGCACAAGUUGAAGGUGGACAAGGUUAAGUUAAUUGAGAUAUGUGGUACUUCAAAUUCUGAAUUUGCAAGUGUUUCUACAUCCAUGAAGGACUUGUGCUUUGAUGUUUUUGGGAUAUCAAAGGAAAAGAAAGAUGCCAAGGAAAUCCAAGGCAACCGAGAGCUGCUUGAUGUUUUGCCUGAGAAGAGAAGGAUAAAGGAUGGUGGCUAUUCAUCUGAUGAGGAUCAGUCUUGCUACAAGAGGCAAAAACUAAUGCACAAACAAGAAUAUGAGAAGUGGAAAUCUACGGUUGUGAACUCCAACCAUCACUGCAAAUCUAAAGCUCCAAUGAAGCGCACCAAACAAGUCCGGCUAAACUUCCCGAAAAAGGUUUCAGAAACAAAAGUAGAUGUGGCAUGAUACACACGCAACAUGUUUGUAAGGAUUGUUGAAUGGUGUUAGCAUUUUACCAUGGCUAGGAACACAGAGCCAAAAAUAUCAAGGAUAAUGAUCUCCCUAAAUUAUUGUUAGUUGACAUCUGAGGUGGGGCUGAAAAUGCUUACUGGUUUUACUGUCUACACAACAGCAGUUUCAUUUUUGGUAUAUAUGAGCAUUUGACUGAGUAUGAUUCAUGCUCAAGGUACUCGAAUGGAAUCAAAAUAUUGGGUAUUGAAG